GUUGGGAUGAGGGGGAGACGAACCGUGGGGGAAUAUCAUUGCGAUUGGCCAAUGCAAGACAGCAGCCCUCCCGGAAAAGGGUUUGAGAAUUUGUGGCUGGAGGUGAGGACGCGUGGUUUGGUUUGCGGGGAUGCUCUUGUUUAUUUUGCCGAACCUGGUGCUCCUAGACAUCGAAUGAGCUUUCAGAACAAUGCAUGCGGGGAACAGACGCCGCCGCCGUGUUGAUAGGUUCUUUAAGCUUGAUCCAUGUGCUGCAUUUUGUCUGCACCCACAGACCCCUACUGCCUCUUCACGCCCAUCGUGCACGAGUGCAUAUCACGAGCUGUCAAUGCCGUUUGGGCCUUUGCAGCGGAUGCAUCAGUACGAGGCGGCUGAAGUAAAAAAUAGCACAACUGAGGCGAGUGGCAUUCUAGAAAAGCGAUCCGUUUCGUCAAAUUCGCUUCUGAAGGUAAAGAUUCGAUGGCGUCGAGUGUGGCCCACCGGCGUGAGCGAAAUCAAGGCAUCGGCGUGGGGUCUGUCUGUGUUUCCGAUAUGGCCAGACAGGGCUGCUUCUUCAGGUACUGUACUUGUACUACAAGCACUUAUCAGUGAGCGGUGCCAUGUCAGAUAUCGGCAAUUCGAAUGUUGGCCUUGUCGUCAAGUAUCAUCGAGACGGUCAUGUGCAAGUAGAAGUUGGUAGCCACUUGUCGUUUUACAAACAAGACCGUCUCGUCGCCUGCGAGCGUCACUCUGUAUCUCUUUUGCAGCCGGCCAGGCAUCUGAAGAUUUAUCGACGUCCAUUUCCUCAAGAGGCGCGGCCGCUUUGGAUGUUGCUGCGGCAGCUGCUUGUAACAAGCGUCGAUCGGCUUUUACAGGGGGCCAAAAAAAUUGUACUGUAAGAGAAUCGUUCUUCUGCGGCAGAAAACGAGGACAAACAGAUCCGGCCAAGCCCAGGAU